AUGCCUGUCAUAUUAUCAGUUAUGAUCUAUGUUGACAAUACAGAAAAUUCGUCAUUUAUUACUACAGGGAAAAAAAUACGUCUUGUUUCAAUUAUAGUGUUUUCUAUCCUUCAAGUUCUUUAUGGUCUUUGUAUUAGCAUAUUGUGGCAAAAAGGGUAUUGGAGAUUUCAAAGAAGAUCAGAAUACGGCUUUGAUAUUAAUACAGAAGCAAGAAUAAGUUAUGAACCCAAGCCAAAAGAAUAUAUUUAUGAUAAUGACGAAGAGUUACUGGGCAAGGAUGAUGAGGAACUGUCAAAAAAUUCCUGGGACAAGGAGGUCUUUUCACGAAUAUUGGACAAAUUUUGUGGUGCAUGCUUAGCAUUCUGGAAAGCAUUAGACUGA